CAAUCAAGUAAUCACUGUAGUCAAGCUUGAAGCGUCGCUCUGUUAGGUACACAGCAGCGGCAGAUGGACAAUUUUACUUUUGCUGCAUUCAAACAAAAGGAAAUUCCUAUUUAUUUAAAUAGAGAAAGUGAAUGAAAAUGUCGCUUAAAAUAAUUUGGCUUCUUGUAAUUUUUGCACUAGCCACUAUGGUGCUAGCGGCAGAAGCGCGCGGAGGCCGAGGACGCGGUGGUUCAUUCGGCACUACAUUUUAUAGACGCAGUCAUAAGAAGCACAGCUCCUCAAGUGGGACUAGCUCACGCCGUAAAGUCGUCAGUGGCUCACCAGUACAUACCUCAUACACGAAGGCACUGAUUUCUGGUCACAACACCGAUCUUAAGUUGGGAAACAGUCACAAAAGUCUUAGUAGUCACAGUAGCAGCAGCAGCAGUCACAAUAGACACCCAUACCGGGAUGCAUCGCAUACAAACUAUCACAGCUUUAGUCAAUUUUACACACAGCCUCGCUCGAGUAGAUACGGUUCGAGUGCAACUCACUAUAAUACGCUGGGUGCCAAUUCUCACAUAUCGCACGCAUGCCACCCAAUUCGGUUUACUAUGCACAACCUCCGCGGUAUCGGAGCAGCGCUGAUGAUGCAGCGGACUUCGUACUAGGCUACCUUGUUGGUCGAAGUCUUACACACCGUAAUCAUCAUCAGCAUUACUAUCAGCACUAUCAGGAGCAACAACCCACCAACGGUCAAACUAUAAACACAAAAGUGAACUUAGAAAACAAUACGGCCGCCACAAGUCACUUUGUUACAAAUAAAAACAACAACAACACAACAAAUCAGACUCACUACUGGCCGACAGACUUUGCUGUGUCAUUGGCGCCUUUGAACGAAUCUCUGCUUGCGGAAGACAUUACCUCAUCACCCCGGGAAGCCAUAUUCAAGAGCCCACCAAUUCACAUCGCUCGUUCACUUAAAGUGGAUAACUUAACAUUUGAACUGCCAACAGCCACUGCAGCGCCGCCAGAUAUGCCACCCACAGGUGGCAUAAUCUGCAUGCCUUGGCUAUUUAAUGAAACCGAUCCCAUUCAUCCGGCGAAUGUUGUCACAAUUGAGAAGACAAUUUGCUUCCCAGCACCAUCACCGCCGCUGUCAGCACCACAAACUACACCGCAAUCGUCCACGGAUCCGAUCGCUGGAGAUAUUGCAGUUCGAAUCCUACAAUAACAACAACUUAAAUUACGGCAGCGAGUUUUGGAGAAUGUUCAUGGUUUUCAACUCUAUAAAGUAGUUUUCCACAUUUUUAAAUUACUUAUUAACUUUUGGACAAUUUGUAUUUCCUUGCUGAGUGCAAACAUAUAUUAAAAUCAAACUUCGAAAAUGUA